AUGAUAUUUUUAUUAUGCUUCACCUUUGUUUUAGCUAACUUUAAUACUUAAUAUGUUACUGAUGAAUUACAAAUUUAACACACUGAUUUGAAUAGUUCAAAAACUUAUUUACUCUCCAUGAUAUUAACAUAAAUUCCAAAAAAUAAUUAUUGCUUACCUUUGCUUUAAGUCAUCGUAAACAACUAAAUUUAUAAUGAUACAUUAGCAUAUUCCAUUAAAGCUGAUAUUCAGAAGGUUUAUUUUUAGUCAACUGAUGCUAUUACUAUAAAAGUUAGUUGUAAUGUUCUUGAUUACUUUUAAAAUCAAAAAAACUUAAAUAAAACGAUGCAUUUUAAUUUAAGUCUGCAUGAAGCUGUAAAUCUAUUUUUAAUUUUAGUAAUAACACAUUUCCUUACCUUGUUAAUUUCCUUAUUACGGAUAGAACUGUAGUCUUUCAAUUUAAUAAAUUUACAAGGAAUUUGCAGUAACAAUAUCAAUUCAAAACAAUACAUGGUUUUAUGCAUAUGCUAUUCUUGAUGAUGAUAAUUAUGAAGUAAUUUCUCAAUAAUAAAUUUUUAGAUUAUAGUUGAAAAUGGAAAAUUGUAAUUUGGUGUUUCAAUCAUUUCAUUUGAUAAAAUUAAUACAACUACUCUUCCAACAUUUUUUUAAGACUUUAUUGUUUUGGAUUCUGAUAAUGAUGAAAAUCUUAUUUCAUUAUCCCAUUCGAAAAAAAGUUCAAAUAGUAUUUAUAUAAUUGGUUUUUAUAAUUUCAAUCCAACUUAAAUUCAAGAAAUUACUAUUACCAUUACGUACUUAUUAUAAUUAUAUACAGAACUGCUUUUUAAGAUCAAGAAUUUCCAUUUUGGGCUAUAAUGUUAUUAAUAUCUAUUGUAAUCUUUGGUUUAAUUCUUUUUAUAAUAAUACUUUGUCAUUUUAGACGUUAAUAUAAAAAACUAACUCAAAUUUAACCUGCUUUGGAUAGAAAAGUUUUAAAGAAAUACAUACCAACAUAAAAAAUAGAUUCUAAGAUGAAAUAGGAAACCUGUUCAGUUUGCUUAUUAUAAUUUGAAUUAAAAGAAAAAUAUUGUCUAACACCUUGUAAACAUUAUUUUCAUGAAUAAUGUUUGAUAGAUUGGUAUUCUAAUAUUUAUAUUAUUAAAGGACAACAAAAUAAGCUAAUUGUCCUGUUUGUAGAUAAGGUUUACUAGAAAAUGAAAUAAUAGAAUUAUUGGAAGUGAAAAGUAAUAGAAAUCGAGAAACAAAAGAGACUAAAAUAUAAGAAGUAAUAUAAUCUAAGGAAAAUCCACCUUCUUAAACUUAUAGAGAUUUACCUUUUCUUCAAUUAUCAUCUUCUCCAUUUAGAACUUAGUGUAAAAUAGAAUUGGAUAGUUCACCUUAAGGAGGGAAUUCACCAUAAAUAGUUUAAUUUGAUGGAUCUCCACAAAAUCUGACAAAUCGAAAUUUAUAUUUUUAAUCAGAUGGAAUUGUAGAAUCACAAAAUUGA